AUGGCAGUAAACUUCAAGGGCAUCUCGAUUAAGUUGCGUACCAGCCCCCGAUGCCAGUGGCUGAUUGCUCUCUGCACCAUUGUCCACAUCCUUUAUUUCAAACACUGCAGCGCCCUCACAGGUGAUCUUCAAGACCUUCUUGAGAAGCAUAACUCCACAGGCGUCAACCCUAACACGCGUAAUCUAACACAGGCCAACGUCAACUAUAAGCUUCUUACUUGUGAUGACAUCUCAAAUAUGUCACAAGGGCGGUCCCUUGGGUAUGGCUUUACGAAAGAGGUGUUUGAGGGAACUUACAAGGGUAGGAAGGUGGCAAUUAAGAUGGUUACACCCAAAGUUGUAGAUAUUACGGCAUGUUUCGAGAGAAAGGCUUAUCGGAACAAAUCGGAGUGCUACGAGUAUGCAAACUUUAAGGUGAUGAAGGAAAUAACAUUAAGUUUGGAGAUCAACAGUGAACGAUUACUUCAGGUACUUGGGUUCUGCGUGCGAGGAGAUGCUAUAACAGGAUCUGUAAUUGAUCACGGAGUCAUAGAAAUCGUGGAAUUUGGAAGGAAACUCGAAAAGAGUAUGCUCAUAAAUUCUACCUGGUCGGAAAAAUUACAGAUUGCCAAGGAUCUGGCUGAUUUACUCGUUGUAUUAGAGUAUUCUCCAAUUGGUUCGGUCUCCAUUGCCGACUUCAAAUUGGAUCAAUUCAUGCUCAUCGAUGGAAGGUUAAAGGUCGGUGACCUCGACGAUAUGUCAACUCAGGAGAGACCGUGUCUAAGUUCACGUGACUGCAAUAUACGUGGCCAAACUUUGGGCAUUGAGUGCGUCAAUUCGACAUGCAGCGGUAUCAACCCCAAAGCAAACCUUCGUUUAGCUACGGAUGUGAUUCUGCAAACCCUAUUCAAAAAUCCGCCUGAACAUUUUAAACAACGAAUUGGUUUGCUUCUUGAAAAAUUAAAGCGCUAUCAAAUAAAUGCUUCUGAGCUUCACAAGUUCUUAAUUGAUAUAACAGAGGAAUAA